AUGCCUUCCUCUUCAUCGCCACAUAAUCAGAAAAAACCACUCAAAAGACAAAUUUUUCAUGGAACUUUUAUUCAUUGUAGGAAUUUGACGGAAUUGCAAAUUUGGAAUUAUACGUAUGUUUUUGUGGAUGAGAAGGGGGUUAUUGUGAGGAUUGUGAGGAGGGGGCGGGAUGGUGAUGAUGGUGUGGUGGGUUUGAGAGAGAAUGAGGGGAAAGGGAAAUUGGGUUGGGAGGAGGUGAGAGGGGAUGUGGAGGAAUUGGGUUGGGAUGGAGAUGGAGAUGGGGAUGGGGAUGGGGAUUUGGGAAGAGAUGGUGAUUAUGGGAUUGAGUUUUUGAGUUCUUUAGGGGAUGGGGAGGAAAGGUUUUUUUUUCCGGGGUUUAUUGAUACCCAUAUCCACGCCCCCCAAUACCCCAACAGCGGACUCUUCGGAUCCUCCACCCUCCUAAACUGGCUAAAUACCUACACCUUCCCCCUCGAAUCCUCAUUCACUUCUCUCCCCAAGGCCCACACCAUCUACUCACGCGUAAUCCAACGUACACUAUCACAUGGAACAACAACCGCCGCCUAUUACGCCACCAUCCACAUCGAAGCCACCAAUCUGCUCGCGGAUUUAUGUUUACGAUAUGGUCAGAGAGCGCUCGUAGGAAGAUGUUGCAUGGAUUCUUCCUCAGGAGCUAAUCCCGAUUAUUACCGCGAUGAAGAUGCUACUCAGAGUUUACAGCGAUCAAAAGAAUGUAUUCACCAUUGCGAGAAAAUUGAUCCAGAUAGAGAUCUCGUGACGCCUAUCCUAACACCAAGAUUCGCACCUAGUUGUUCGCGAGAAUUAAUGACUUCUCUGGGUAUAUUAGCCACCGAAAAAGAUCUCCCCAUCCAAACGCAUAUUUCUGAGAAUCGAGCAGAGAUAAAUUGGGUAGGGGAACUUUUUCCAGAAUGUACUAAUUAUACUGCGGUGUAUGAUAAAUAUGGUUGUUUAACGCCCAAAACGAUUCUUGCGCAUGCGGUACAUAUUUCGGAGGAAGAAGCAGGUUUGAUUAAGGAGAGGGGGAGCGGGAUAGCACAUUGUCCGAUUUCGAACUCGGCGUUGACGAGUGGCAUGGCGAGGGUGAGGUGGUUGUUGGAUUGGGGGAUUAAUGUGGGCUUGGGGACGGAUGUUAGUGGGGGGUUUAGUGCGAGUGUUUUGGUUGCGGCGAGGGAGGCGAGUUGUGUUAGUAGGUGUGUUGCGGCUGGGAUUGGGGGGGUGGGGUUGGAGGGGGAGGGUGAAGGGGAGAAAAAGGGAAAAGGAAAUGAAAGAGAUUCAUUAAGUGUACCAGAAGUUCUAUAUCUAGCUACGAGAGGCGGUGCAAAAGUAGUAGGAAUGCAAGAUUCAAUCGGUGGGUUUGAAGUAGGUAAAUUAUGGGAUGCGCAACUUGUGGGGUUGGGGAAACCGCUUAUGAGGAGAAAUAGUGAGGGGGAAUGGGUGGGUGGGGUGAGCGGGAAGGAGGAUAGGGAGGGAGGUGGGGAGGGUGAAAAGGGUGAGGAUGAGGAGGAUGAAGGAGAAGGAGAAGGGGAAAAAGAGGAAGCGAAAUACACAGGACCAGUCGAUAUAUUCGGCUGGGAAAAUUGGGAAGAGAAAGUUGCAAAGUGGGUUUUUGGUGGGGAUGAUAGGAAUACGGUGAGGGUUUGGGUUGGGGGGAGGUUGGUUUAUCGGAGGAGGUAG